GGGAGAAGUAAAACGUUCCUCAGCAACCUCCAAUCAAGUCCAGAGGAUGGAACCUAGGAAAAUGAGUCCUCGUGGGCAGAUGCUGUGGGAAACCUCUAUGUUUCGAGCGGUGGAUGAAGAGGACGAAGAUACUAUUUUGGAGACGUUGUUAGAGUGGGAGAUAUUGUCUGGCCGUCCAGUAGAUGCGGACCCCACGUCGGUGGAUUUUCAAGUCGUGGGUGCUGGCAGUGAUCAUGGUCUGGAUCUAGAAGGAGCACUGGAAGAAAAAGGAGAAGAACGUGAAGAAGAAUCUGCAGAAGAAGGACAGUCUGAGCAUGGUCGUGUUGAUGAAAAGGAUGAUGAUGGUGAACAAGAGCCAGGAGAAACAGAGGAGGAGCCAUCUUCACAAGAACCUCAAUCACAAUCGAAUCAGGACACGACAAAUUGCACGACUCUCCCAUCUAGCACUUCGACUACCAGUCUCUGGACCCAGCUCAACGCCGAACGUCGAGCCAAAGCCUUAGCCCGUGCACGCGAGCGUUAUGGCGACACGCUGGACAAACCUCUGCACGUUUUUGAAUUGAACGGUGACGAACACUUGCUCACACAUCUGAGAGAGUGGCACACGGUGUGGGACUUGAAACGCUGCAUGAUGCGAAAGUUGGAUGCUUAUGUGACGAAGCCGGUGAUUUGUAGGGGAAACUACAUCUAUGACGACCGCGAUUACCUGGCAGAUGUGCAGCGUGAUAAAACCGAUAGACAGGCUGAGCGUCGUCGGUCGGUUGUGUUAGCUGGUGGGUCGCGGAGUGAAGGAUCGUCGGGAGCAAGUGCUGGGCAAGGGCAAGGACCACAAGCGUCUAGACCUAGUGCUCCUGCAGGUCCAGCCGCCAGAUCGGAAGGCAGCAGCACUGGAGCUAUCUCCUCCUUGUCCAGUACCCAGCAACAGCAGGAACCCUCAGCAAGCUCGACAUCACAAACCCCUACUGAAAGAAACAGCAGCUACAGCAAUAAUGUUGAGGAUCUUUCGCCUUCCGAAGACGAUGAAGAUGAUCAGGACUUGUACUAUGUCGCAGGUCGAAGAUUUCAUCCUGCUUUUCCCGAUAUGGAAGUACACGUUGACUUGCAACAACUCCAGUUGCAGAGAGAGAAAGUGAUGCAGGGAAGAGCUAGGCGUUCAUCGUGUCGCGGAAAGUCAGCAAGCUACAGUAUUUUCAACCCGCUGAACUAAAGUUUGUGUUCGAUUUUUUGAUGUUUUAGAAGUGCAAUAAAAUUAUGAAAUGUAAUUUCGAGUGUAGUCCAGUGAAGCAGGAUAGCCUUAUUUUGAUUUUCGGGUUUUUUGCCUGUGUAUUUCCUAGUUCGACAUGACAAUUGAUUAAGUGACCCUAAUGUACAACUACAUCUUGCAUAUCCAACAUUGUACUUACUAACUCCUGUGAACGAACGAAGUUCAGCGCAAUAGAAUCAUACAUAAAAACACUCCACAUAAAUCGAAACCAUGGUUUUUGAAGACCGAUUAUGACACAGAGAAGGACGUUCCCUACGCGAACAUACUUCCUCCAGAUGCCUGAAGGUAGCAGAUCUACGAAGAAAAAAUAAUGAGUACUUUUUCCACCCCCAUCGACGACCACCCCCAUAAAGAACAAUUUGCGAUCGAAUUCAGACAGGAUAUUGAUGUUGAUAAAUUCUCAAAGAAUGGUGUGACCACAUGUCACGUUGUGAUCACAGUUCUCCAGGAUGUAAAAGAAACAAAGACCACAUAAACAUAUUGCGUGGUGGUUUUAUUUUAUCACAAUGGAAAUUUAGUUUCCG